AUGCCGACGAUGCCUAAAACUAAGUUUAUAAAGAAGAAAUUGCUCCAAGCAGUAAAAAGUGGCAACCGUCGUCAAGUGCAACUCAUUCUGCAAUACGAACCACUUCUAGUUGAUCUGAAGCUUACACGUGACGCACGUGCCUUAGACGUGGCCGCUAGUCUUGGACUAAAGGAAAUAGUUGAAGUGCUGCUUUCAGCAGGUGCUAAUACCCGUCUCCUGAACAACAUCGGCAGGACACCUCUUCACAGUGCUCUUAGUAAUGGUGCCGAGGAUGUAGCGAAGGUUCUUGUUGACAUGGACAGUGAAAAUGGAAUUCAAGAUAACUGUGGCUACACCCCCUUGCACUUGGCUGUGGAGAAGGGAUAUUUCGUCAUAGUGUGGAAAUUGCUAGAUGCAGGAGCCAAUACUCGACUUCAAAGUAAUACCGGCAGCACGCCUCUGCACAUUGCUCUUUGCAACGGUGACGAAUAUGUUGCUAAAUUUCUCAUUGCCAUGGGCGGCGAAAAUGACAUUCAAGAUUGUUAUGGUCGGACUCCUUUGCUUUUAGCUGCAGAGAAAGGGUAUGAACAAAUAGUAGUUGAUCUGAUCGCCCGAGGUGUCAGUAUUCGCCCACAAAGUAAGUUCGGCAGAACGCCUCUCCAUGGUGCUCUCUAUAACGAUUCCGCUGAAGUUGCGAAAAUCCUGGUUGAAUUAGACGGCGGAAAUGAUGUUCAAGAUUUAGGUGGCUACACUCCGUUGCAUUUGGCUGUAGAGAAGAAGUAUACGGGCAUAGUACGGGCACUGCUGGCAGCAGGGGCCAAUACGAGCCUAAAAACUAAUAUCGGGAGGACACCCCUCCACAUCGCCCUUCUCAAAUGUGCCAAGAAAGUUGCAAGAAUUCUAGUUGAAAUGGGCAGUGAAAUGGACAUUCAAGAUCAUUACGGCAGAAGUCCAUUGUUUGUGGCUGCACAAAAUGGAUAUCUAAAAAUCGUAAAAAAAUUGCUGGUGGCAGGAGCUAAUACCCGUCUCCAAACUAAUAUCGGAAGAACACCUCUUCACGUUGCCCUUUGCAGAAGUAAGCAGAAUGUUGCAAAAGUCCUCGUUGACUGGGACAGCAAGAAUGAAACUAAAGAUUUGUUUAGUAGGACUCCCUUACUUUUGGCUGCACAGAAAGGAUUUGAAGAAAUAGUAAUGAAACUGUUGGCUGCGGGUGCUAAUCCUCGUGUCCAGAGUAAUACCGGGGCAACGCCCCUCCACGGUGCUCUUUGCAAUGGUGCCAAACAGGUCGCAUUGUACCUCGUUGGUUUAGACAGUGGCAAUGACAUUCAAGAUUUUUAUGGCAGGACGCCAUUGUUUUUGUCUGCUCAGAAGGGAUACGUUGAAAUAGUACAGAAGCUGCUGGAUGCAGGUGCCAAUACCCGCCUCCAGACUAACAUCGGUAGAACACCCCUUCACGUUGCUCUUUGCCAUGAUACUGAUAAUGUAGCCAAAGUCCUAGUCCACUUUGACAGUGAAAAUGAUGUUCAAGAUUGUUACGGGAGGACUCCUUUGCUUUUGGCGGCACAAAAAGGAUGUGUAGAAAUAGUAGAGACGUUGUUGAAAGCAGGUGCCAAUUUUCGUGUCCAAAGUAACAUUGUUCGGGUUAACGAUGCUCAUGAUAUUUCAGAAGUUGCUGUGAAUUUGGAUUGUGGAAAUGACAUUCAAGAGGAGUAUCGCUACACUCCCUUACACUCGUUUUCAGAUAAUGUGAAUGUAGUUUCAUUGCGACAGCUACUCGCAGAAUGUGCCGAUACCCGUCUUCAAUCUACGAAUCCACAUGUAAAGCAAUUGAACUCUUUGGCACAAGAACCCAAUGCCCGCAUUCAAACUAAGUUCGGCAAAACGCCUCUUCACGGAGCUCUUUGUAAUGGAGCCGAAGAUGUUGCCAAAAUCCUCGUGGACUUGGACUUCCGAAAUGAUAUUCAAGAUGAGUAUGGCUACACUCCCAUGCACUUGGCUGCAGAGCAAGGUUAUGUAGACAUAGUGCAGAAGCUGCUGUCUGCAGGUGCCAAUAUGUGUCUCCAAACCAAUAUCGGCUGGACGCCCUUCCAUUGUGCUCUUUUUAGUGGCAAUGAGGGUGUUGCAGAAGUCUUUGUUAACUUGGACUGCAGAAAUACCGUUCAGGAUGCGUAUGGUUACUCUCCUUUGCACUUGGCUGCAGAAAAGGAUUACGUAGGCAUAAUACGGAAGCUGCUGGCUGCUGGUGCAAGUACACGCCUCAAAAAUAAUGUCGGCAGGACGCCUCUCCAUUGCGCACUUUUUAAUAGUGCCAAGAAAGCUGCAGAAGAGCUUGUAGUGUGGGACAGCCGAAAUGACCUUCAAGAUGAGUAUGGCUACACUCCCUUGCACUUGGCUGCAGACAAGGGAUAUGUAGACAUCGUGCGUAAGCUGCUGACUGCAGGGGCCAUCCUCGUCGACUUUGACCCUGAAAAUAAUGUUCAAAAUGAGUAUGGCUAUACUCCGCUGCACUUGGCUGCAGAGAAGGGUAAUGUAAGCAUAGUGCGAAGGUUGCUGUCUGCCGGAGCCGAUAUUCGUCUCCAAACUAAUGUCGGCAGGACACCCUUACAUUGCGCCCUUUUUAGUGGCAACGAGGAUGUUGCAGAAGUCUUUGUUAACUUGGACAGCAAAAAUAUGAUUCAAGAUGUGUAUGGUUACGCUCCCUUGCACUUGGCUGCAGAGAAGGGUUAUGUAGGAAUAAUUCGGAAACUGCAGGCUGCUGCUGCCAGUAGCCGUCUCAAAACUAAUACCGGCAGGACACCUCUCCACAUUGCACUUUACAACGAUGCUGAAGAUAUUGCAGACAUUCUUACUGACGUGGACAGUGGAAAUGAUAUUCAAGAUCAAAAUCACUGUACUCCAUUGCACUUGGCAGUGGAGAAGCGGUAUGUAGGUAUCGUGCGGAAGUUGCUGGUUGCUGGUGCCAAUACCCAUCUCCAAACUAGUACUGGCAGGACGCCUCUCCACGUUGCUCUUUACAACGAUGCAGAAGAUAUUGCAGAUAUUCUUAUUGAGUUGUACAGCGAAAAUGACAUUCAAGAUCAAAAUCACUUCACUCCCUUGCACUUGGCAGUAGAGAAGCGGUAUGUAGGUAUACUGCGAAAAUUGCUGGUUGCUGGUGCCAAAACCCAUCUCCAAACUAGUACUGGCAGAACGCCUCUCCACAUUGCUCUUGACAGAGGUGAUGAAGAUAUUGCAAAAACUAUCAUCGACCUGGAUAGCGGAAAUGAUAUCCAAGAUGAGAAUGGCUGCAGUCCUUUACACUUGUCAGUAGAGAAGCAGUAUGUAGGUAUAGUGCGGAAAUUGAUAGUAACAGGUGCCAAUACUUGCCUCCAAACUAAAACUGGCGAUACACCUCUGCACAUUGCUCUUAACGUCGGUUCUGAAUAUAUUUCAGAACUUCUCGUCGACUCGGACUUUCGAAAUAACCUUCAAGAUAACCUUGGCAGGACACCUUUGCAUUUGGCUGCGGAAAAAGGAUUUGUGAAAGUAGCGAAGAAAUUAUUGUUCUCUAAUGUUUAUUCACACGUUUUCACUAUCACUGAAAUUAGUCCACUGAAAACUGCUGUGGAAUUUAAGAGGACAAAUAUUGCCGAACUGAUUUUUUUAUGGUGCAUGUUGAGAAGGAUUACGGUCGAUUGGUAUGAUCUGAAUCUUCAGUUAACUGAUCAGAUGCACUUCUUUCAAGUAUUGAUUGAAUAUGCCACCGAGAUAAAAACGAUGGAAGACAGAAAACUGCGCGGAACUACUGUCUCUUACUUUGAUCUUUCGAGGGCAUCCGUGACCAGGAUAGCUGUAUAUCUCUCGAACGACGCCAUUCGGAAUGUUUUACUUCGAGACGAUGCUCUGUCUGACUUUCCAAAAUGUGCCGGAUUCGUUGCUUCUAAAGUUAAGAAAGCUGAAGAGAUUAGGGUCCUCAAUGAUCAAUGUUUGGACUGCUUCUCCGUCUUGUCCAGAAGUUUGCCCCUCCUUCCGCGAGGUACUGUCGAUGUUCUGUUGCUUUACCUAAGUGAGCAAGAAACGAGAAAUUUCGUUGAGGCAUUCAAAUUGAAUGAAAUGAGUGAUCGCGACAGGAAUGAAAUGAGUGAUCGCAACAGAAAUGAAAUGAGUGAUCGCGACAAGAAUGAAAAGAAAAAAGGAUAUGGCUUCUUUGAUACGAUGAAUGAAAGGAUGCAUCUUGGAAUAAUUACUUUAUUGUUUUUAAUUGGAAAUCUCUUUAAGUGGUACUUGAAGGACUUUAUACCUGCUUCCCAAAUUCCCCCGAAAUGA